AUCGGCUGCUGGCUUCUCAAAGUUUAACGUCGCAGGUUUUCCCUGGCCGGAACUGGCAACCUGUUUCCUACAAUCACUGUCAGUUCUAGAGGAAACACGGAGCUAAGUGAUUCAAGCUCUCCGAUCUGAGGGGAGUUACUUCUAGGCAGCGAAGUUUGAGGACAGGACGAUUGUAAGUAGGAGUAAUCGUGAGUGACAUUUGGCAGUCGUGUGCGACUUCGGUCCCUUCAGUACAGGGUCGAAGUUGUUGAGUAGAGAAGUGAGUAGGAGGAUCGGAAGAUGGCUAACAGUAGCGCGGCUGAGAACGGAGCCCCGGCCAGCCCGGCCAGCCCGCCGCCGCCGCACAGCCCGGUCCAGCCCGAGGACAGCCCCAGCCCUGACGGCCCGAGAACCACCAACUUCUCCAUCGCCAACAUCCUCCGCCCGGAGUUCGGCGCUCGCAAGAGAGACAGUAAAAGUUGUGACUCCUCUCCCGUGUCCAGCCCGGGCAAACCGGCCCCGGCGGAUCUGUCCCCGUCCCUCCCGGCCAGCCCGGGGGGAGUCCCACAGGAGAACACGACGACGGCCGAUGGACUCCGGCUCGAAGAUGACUCCGCCAAGCCCGUUACCGCAGACGAUAAGGACGGUAAGCCGGUGCCCCAGCCCAUGAUCUGGCCGGCGUGGGUCUACUGUACCCGGUACUCGGACCGCCCAUCUUCUGUUCGCACCGCAGGACCCCGAACGCGGAAAGCCCGGCCGAAAGAUCCGAAGAAAGCCGAGGAGAAGCGGCCGAGGACGGCGUUCACUUCCGAACAACUUCAGCGGCUGAAAAAGGAAUUCCAGGAGAACCGCUACCUCACAGAGCAGCGUAGACAGGACCUGGCCAGAGAGCUCAAGCUGAACGAGUCGCAGAUCAAGAUAUGGUUUCAGAAUAAGCGGGCGAAAAUCAAGAAGGCUGCCGGGGUACGUAAUGGACUAGCGCUGCAUCUCAUGGCACAGGGGCUGUAUAAUCAUUCCACGAUGCCCACGAUGGGAGACGAGCAUGGCAUGGACAUGCAUGACUAGACUGGGAAGCAAACCUCGGUGGCGAAUUCAGCCGUGAAAUUGUGGACAGCCGGACAUCAAAAACAUCCUGAAUACGGACAGGCGUGUGUCUGGUCAUCAUAUCGUCCGAAAAAAAGACCCGUGAACUGAAUCUCAGUGUUCUGUUUUCUGCUUAAAGUGACCCAAAAGCACCACGUAGCGUUAGACAUUUGUUGUUUAGGUUGGAAUCUGCCAAAAGAAGCUGUGUCUUAAUUUAUUGUGACGCAUAUUUUUGGAUGACAGAAAAGGAGAGAGUCUUUGUGAACAGAGAAAAAGAAGAAUGACUGGACGGAACAAAAGAAUGAAUCGUUUGAUCACUCUACCUUGCGUUAUUUACAUAUCCACAGCGGACUGAGAAUGAUGUUAUUUUUGUCAGUCUCUGAUAUUUGUGAUUUUUGACGUGUUUAUCUGUUCGUAUGUCUCUAGAGAAUCAAAUUGUUGUAAAUACCCGUACAAUUGCGCGUCGUUGUCACGUGCGAGCAAGUUGCAAUAUCUCUUUUCCUUCUUUCCUUUAUCUUUUUGUUGUUGUUUGUUGUCAUCGAUAUUCGGUGGAAUCCUGUUUUCGUGGUAAGAGUUGGCGGUGCGUGUAUCAGUAGGUUGUUUUCUUGUGGUGAAACGGACACUUUCCUUCAUUCCAUCUAAAUAUACGGUAAACCUUGUAUAUGUAUAUUUCAAAUUAUCUGAGAGAAGUUGUUGAAAA